AUUGACCACGAAAUCUUUAAACACUAAGGGCAACGUGCCGUUGAAUGGUUCGCCUAUUCUACUCAACAAGAAUGUCUCAGGAACGCGACGAAACCCGGUCUGUGGCCGGAAGUGUGCCUGACGCCGAUGCUCCUACCAAGCAGUCUCAUCGGUCGUUCAAGAGGAAGUUUGCGAAACUUAAGAUUCAAUUCGAGCUCAAAAUGAAGGAAAGCGAGUCUCUCAUCCGUGAGCAAUUGCGCAUCGAGGAUCUGUCAAAGAGAAUCCAGGAGCAAAACGAUCAGCUUCUGGAGGUCCUAUUAGAGUUCAACGACGCCUUGCACAUCCCGCCCAAGCUCCGAUACGACCUGCAUGUUCCUGGUGACGAAGUUAUUCUUCCACCCCCUGACGGAGAGCUUUCGGCAGCCUACAAUGACCAUGCAUUGGCCACAUCGGUAUUGAGAAAUGCAAAGGAUGACUUGGCGGCCGGAAAUAUUACCCUCGAGUCAUAUCAGCAACUCGAGGGUGGGCUAAAGCGAGGCAGGGCGUUCGCGCCUCUGCUACGGUACACAGAUUUACUCAAAGUGCCGCACUCUGCGCCCACAACCGAGAGUCAGGACCCAGUAAAUCCAACGGAUGAUUCUAGUUUGAAUCAGAACCUUGGGUUCCUAACACCGGAGCAUGAAACAGAAUACUGUUUGGCCACAGACGCUAGGCUGGGCGACAUGGCAGCCGCUGUUCAAUUAAGUCGUGUUCCGGAGAAACCAUCUUUACUAGAGAGAGAACGGGAGUAUGCCUUACGAAGCCCUGUUUCAGUUCAUCAUUGGCUACGCAAGAACCAUCCCAAUAUCUUCCUCCAGGACAAUGAAAACGCUUCCGAAAAAUCCGCGUCACGGCCCUCCAACUUGCGCGCCUCCAAGCGAUCGGCACCUUUGUCUCGUAAAGAUGAGGACACGCACGAUGAAGACAGCGUUAUGGCAGAUUCUGGUCCCGCAACGGGAGGCUCCAAGGCCAAACGAAAGCGCGAUGAAGAGGCCACCCCUCGGUCUAAAGCUGUCACCGGUCGCUCGAAUCGGAAGAAGAAGGAAGAAAGUACAUCCAACAACGCCAAGCGCCCUGCAAAACGAACAUCUGGGGGAGGGGCAUGA